CUUUCUUGACUUGUAGUUGUGAAGGCUGUCGCUACACCCGAGUCAAUGGUGGAACUUCCACUGACAGCAGAGAAUGCUGAGAGUGUGCUUGAUGAAAUCCGACCCUAUCUAAUUUCUAAUGGGGGUAAUGUUGCAUUGCAUGAGAUUGAUGGCAAUGUUGUAAGGUUGAAGUUACAAGGAGCAUGUGGUUCUUGUCCAAGUUCUGUAAUGACAAUGAAGAUGGGCAUUGAGCGUCGUCUGAUGGAGAAAAUUCCCGAAAUUGUUGCAGUGGAACCAAUAGCCGAUGAAGAAACUGGCCUUGAGAUGAAUGAGGAAAACAUAGAGAAGGUUCUUGAAGAGCUAAGGCCAUACCUUGUUGGUGCAGCUGUCGGAUCACUUGAGCUAGUGGCCAUUGAAGAACCAAUAGUUAAAGUUAGAAUAACUGGUCCUGCGGCUGGGGUCAUGACUGUUCGAGUUGCUGUCACGCAGAAACUACGAGAGAAAAUUCCAGCCAUUGCAGCUGUCCAACUUCUGUAAUGUCAUUGGAGAUAAUUCGUCAUUGGUGUAGCUUUUCCCACCUUGAGCUGCAGCAGUGGUUGAGCCUCUGCAUUCAACUUUAUGAUUGUAUUCCAGGUUGUACACAAGUUCAAAAGGUCGAUCUAUUUGGGAAUUUUCUCGAGUUAUUAAAUAAUAAUAAAAAAUAGCAAUAUUAUGGAAGUAAAUAUUCUCACAUUUAUUCUUA